CAACUACUACUACAAAUGGUUAAUUAUCAUAUGCAUAAUCUUCUCUCUUUAUUACCAUCCGAUCAUAUCAUACUUUUCAAACCAAACCCGCCAUGAUCAUCAAAUGACUGAAACAAAAACCAUAGAGAUCGAUCCGUAGAUCGCGCUGUCUUAGUUUUCGCUAUGGAUACUGUGUUUUCGCUCAUUGAUGAAGUCGAAAGAGCCAACUAUCUUCAGUCGCUGCUCAACUCUUCUGGCUGCACUUACAUUUGCCUUUGGCUUUACUAUCCUCAACCAGACCACCGAUUAUACUUCUGGGACGGACGUUUUAAUGAAGAAAACAAUCAACCUGGGCUUUCUUCAGGGAGCGUAACGAGGAGGCUUUUUGAUGCAUAUCGACGAGAAGUGUUUUACGUUCUUAAUGAUCGCAUUCCUGGAAUGGCUUUCCUUAAUAGCCAAUUACCCUAUAGAGAGCUAAACCAGUCUGAGCUUCUACGACUGAGUUCUGUUGCUGUGCAGCGACAAUUCUACCAGGAAGCAAGCAUUAAGAGUGCAGUCUUUAUGGGGUGCAGAAGUGGAGAAAUUGAAAUGGGCUGGUCUAAUUCAAAUCAAAUUAACAUGGAACAUGCUACGAUGAGCUGGUUUUCGGAGUACAAUUUCCAUCACAAUAACCAAUCUCAUCAACUGAGAGAAUUAUCGCAAUCUAUCGAUCCGAACAGACCUUCAUCUUCUUCUUCUUCAUUAAGAUCCCUAGAAAGUCCAGAAAGCUCCUCAUUAAUGUUCAACAUUCCAACUACAUCAGAAAUCCCAAUCACACCAAAUGUAAUCCAACAAGUCUUACAAUCUCUGAACCCAAUACCAGUGAGUGCUCAUCAGCAAGCUAUGCAGGCGUUUGCUUUAUCAAGAAACGCUCAGUUACCGACUCAAGAAAGUGAAGAGGCCGUGAUGACACGAGCCAUUCUUGCUGUUCUAACUUCUCCUUCCUCUUCGGCCGCCUCUUCUUCGACGCCUAAUUCAUUACCUUACGGUUUAAGCCAGAAGAGAGCUAGCGCGUUCGAAGGCUAUUUAGCUCCGAAAACGCCCAUGAGAUCAGCGAGUUUAGGCAGGAUAAGUUUGCUUAAACGGGCAAUUACUUAUUACCGAAGCUUAAAUACUGUGAGGCGUGAGCAUAUGAUGGCUAACCGACCAACCACCACACAAUUGCACCAUAUGAUAUCGGAGCGUAGAAGACGGGAAAAGAUCAAUGAGAGCUUUGAAGCUUUGAGAAAACUUCUUCCUCCUGAAGCUAAGAAAGACAAAGCCUCGGUUCUUUCUCGAACAAGGGAAUACUUGACCUUGCUUAAGACACAAGUAAAGGAGCUAAGCCAGAGAAAUCAGCAAUUAGAGGCACAAUUAUCACCUGCUGCUAGAGAAACUCAUGCAGAAAAAGUAAUUCCAGAGAACCAGAAACUGGACAUCUCAGACGAAACAGUUGAUGUCAGAAUCCAAAAUGUUUCAGAAUCAGACGAAGAAAGAAUUUUCAACUUGCAAGUUUGCUUAAGAGGAGAAUGUUCUGUUGCAAAUUUGCUGACUCAAAUUCUUGAGUUUCUGAAAACAGUUAAGCAAGUGAAUGUGACGAACAUCGAAGCCAAUAUAAGCGGAGACGAAUCAAGAUCAUUCUCGAGUCGUGUAAUCUUGAGACUACGAAUCGAGGGGAUCGAAUGGGACGAGGUUGCCUUCCAGGAAGCAGUAAGAAGAGUAGUUGCUGACUUGGCACAGUGACAAUUUUGAUCAUAUAAAUAUAAAUUUAUUAAUUAUUUAAUUAAAUUAUUAGGUGCUUACUCAUCAAUUAUACAUAGUACUGUAGAUGGCACAAUUUUGUAUUAGGCUCCUACAUUUAUGGCUAAUUUAUAAUACGUCAGGUCAAAUUAUCAUAGCACAUUUCAAACUUUGCAUAUGUAAUCUCAGAAUAAAAGAACCACAUUACAAAUUUUGUAUAUGCAACUUAUCAAACAAUAAAUAAAUGAGAGAAGAUUAUUUUU